CCCCUCCCCCGGGCUGGGCGGCCCCAAAGGCCCCGACUCCCUGAGCUUGCGGACCUUGGCAGGGAGGCCAGGAGCCGGAGCUGUCCGGAGCAGUCCGGAGCUGUCCGGGGCUGCGGGCACUCUUCGCCCUCCGGCAGCCUCCCUCUCUGCCAGUCCUCCCGAUCCCAGCCCGCCCGGAAGGAGCCGUAGGUAGCCGGUGGCGUUGUCAGAGGCAGCGGCGAGGGUCCACUGGGAUGAGCCCGUUGGGUUGACCCCCCGCCCCCGGCCCUUCCAGGCGUCUCCACACCUUCUUCUCGCUCCUCCUCCGCCACCUGGCCCCCAGAGGGGGCGAUCUGGGUGAGAGGCAGCAUUAGGGACACUCGGGGACCGGCACCGUCCGUCCGAUCGGGCCGCAGAGGCUCGGACUCCGGGGUCCCCGAGAGCCAGCAGGCGCUUUCUGAUGGCAGACUUGGCCCGGGCCGAGCCCCGGCUCCGCGGCUAAGAUGGGGAACAAACAGACGAUCUUCACCGACGAGCAGCUGGAUAACUAUCAGGACUGUUCCUUCUUCAAUCGGAAUGACAUCCUCAAGUUGCACGCCCGGUACUACGAGCUAGCACCCAACAUUGUGCCCAUGGACUACCGAAAGAACCCUAUCGUCACCGUGCCCAUGUCGGUCAUCAUACAGAUGCCGGAGUUCAAGGAGAAUCCCUUCAAGGAAAGAAUUGUGGCAUCUUUCUCUGAGGAUGGUGAGGGGAAUCUCACCUUUAAUGACUUUGUGGACAUGUUCUCAGUCCUCUGUGAGUCAGCGCCCAGGGAACUCAAAGCGAGCUAUGCCUUUAAGAUCUAUGACUUCAACAAUGACAACUUCAUCUGCAAGAAAGACCUGGAGCUGACCUUGGCCCGGCUGACCAAGUCAGAACUGGAGGAGGAAGAGGUGGUUCUCGUGUGUGAUAAGGUCAUUGAGGAGGCUGAUCUGGAUGGAGAUGGAAAACUCAGCUAUGCAGACUUUGAAGACAUGAUUGCUAAGUCCCCUGACUUUCUGAGCACUUUUCACAUUCGGAUCUGAAGCUACCCAGCAGGCCCCUAGAGAUGACAUCAGCUUAGCCCAGGCAACUCCAAGAGGCUCCCAGGACUCUCCUUUUGGAGAGAAGAGUUUCUCCAGGCUUCUGUUGUCAGCAGAAGGUGUGGCUUCCUGUGAUUUUAUACCUGUGAAAAUUGAUUAUGGCCCUAUCAGCAAAAAACACAAACCCAACACCAGAAAAGUAACAAUAACCAACUCACUUCCCAGGAGGCUCCUGUCUGUCUUCCAUGUGCUCCCAAGAUCUCACCUUCUCACAGCUUUCUCCCCCGUAUGGAAGAUACUUUCAGCCAGCCAGGGUGCUGGGACUGGUGAUGAUCUCUAGCCAGUUUGAAUGGCAUCAAGUCUGUGCAUCUGCCUAUCUCGUGGUGGGGGGGAGGAGGGUCACAGGUAAGGGACCAUAUUUUGAUUCCUGGCCUAAGGUUUGCCAAUCCAUUGGCUCCACAGUGGAGGCUGAGCUAAGUCUAAAUCUGUCCUGCCUUGGGAAAUGAGGCUUCAGACAUGAUGACAGCUACACCUUUUCUUUCCUGAAUCUCCUUAAAGAACCAAGAAGAGGAAAGGGGGGAAAACAUCCUUUAAAAAAGGGGAGGAGCUUCACUCACUUGAAAGCUGGCAAGAUUUCUGAGAAGCAUGGGAGUGAGCACAAAAGGAAAAAAAGGGAUGAGGUUUUGAAUCAGCUAUGCAAUCUUUCUCCCUGAAUGCCUGUAUUUGGCUCUGCCUUUUCUACCAGACACUGUCACCCCCUCUCUGGGCCCAGCCCGGGACCCACUGCCACUUACUCCCAGCAGUCAAAGGAAGGGCUUUGUCACUCUUAACUGCAUCCCUCUUUUCUUCAUUAAAUAUUCUGACUGAUUUGACCAUG